AUGGGAGAAACUGACGAACCGCCUUUAUCGCGCAGUGUCAAGUCUAAGGCAGCAGCACUAGGCUUGAGACACAGCAAGAACGCGGCACCCGUUCUCCCAACCCACGAAUCCCCCAAUAAUGACACCACGCGUGCAACCUCCAACACCACGCUCGAUGAGAAGCACUCUCCUAACGGCGCUGGAUCCGGCGAUAGCAGCGCCAACCGCAACAAUGUCGCCGACAAGAUGUCGUCCUCUCCACCGCCGCCAGCCCCUCCUCCGGUUGAGGGAGAGACAUAUUCCACCGUAGAGCCAAAGCCGCCCAUGGCUACGCGCAUGAAAAACGGAAGCAAACGAUUCAUCCAGCACACCAAGGAUGCGUUGUUCUACAGCUGGGUCAACUUGCUGUUGAUCUUCGUCCCCAUCGGCAUCGCUGUCCACGCAGCUGGCCUGAGCCCCGAGAUUAUCUUCGCCAUGAAUGCCAUUGCCAUCAUUCCGCUGGCCGGCAUGCUCGCCCACGCCACCGAGGCGGUCGCAACAAAGCUCGGAGACACGCUGGGAGCACUUCUGAAUGUCUCUUUUGGCAACGCCGUCGAGCUCAUCCUGUUCAUCAUCCUGCUUGCCGGCGACCAGAUCGAAGUCGUGCAGGCAGCGUUGCUAGGAUCCAUCCUAGCCAACCUGUUGCUCAUUCUGGGCAUGGCCUUCUUGCUUGGAGGGCUGCGCUACCAAGAGCAGGUCUACAACAGCACCGUCACACAGAUGAGCGCUGUUAUGCUCAGCUUGGCUGUCAUGAGCCUACUACUACCGACCGCCUUCCACGCAGCCUUCUCCGACAAUGCUAUCGCCGACAAGGAUACGCUGUAUGUCAGCCGUGGCACCAGCGUCGUUCUGCUGCUGGUCUACGUUCUGUACCUGCUCUUCCAGCUCAAGAGCCACAGCUACAUGUACGCCAGUACGCCCCAACACAUCAUCGACGAGGAGUCCCAUCCCGGUAUGCUUGCCGACAUCCUCAACUCCUCGAGCUCCGACUCCUCGUCGGAUUCGAGCAGCAGCGACAGCGACAGCUCCGCUGGCUCGCAUAGGACGGCCAAGUCAAAGUUUAAGAGGAGAAUACGCAGGAUGCGCCGCAAGUCGAGCGCAAGCUCAAAGGAGACACCAUCGGCACCCUCCGUCAUGAGCUCCCCAUCUGUCGAGCAUCAUAAAAGCUACUUCGAGUCGCACCGCAACGGCGGCGCCGACAACGAUCACACUAUUGAUAUGGCGCCAAUGUCCGAAGGCGUGGCUCUACAUGCUAUCACUAGCGGCGACGAAGCCGACGUAGACGAGCGACAUGCACCCGUUGCCCGCGACUUCGAAGCUGGUUCGUCAGGCUCUCCCCCUGCUACCAGACAGGAGAAGCGCAAGUCCAAACACAAGAAAAAGCACCACAAACAGAGCGGCAAAGACGCGGAUGAGGAAAAUGAAGUUAGCGUGGUUCCCGCUGCGCAAGACGCUUGGCCCACUACUAAGGUCGCGUUUGCCGAAGAGCUACAGCAAGGGGAAGCUGCAGCUGCGGCGAAGCGCCGACCAGCCUUGUCUUCUCUACUGUCCAACAACGUCUUCGUCAAUCCGCAGAAUCCCGCCCCUAUCGGAGGUGCUGCCCCUAACAUCCGUGUUGCAGCACCAACGCCGCGAUCGCUGCGGCGCACCAGGUCCAUGCCGGACAAUAUCAGCCGCCUGCAUUCGCAGUCCAGCGCGACUAAUCGGCCUGCUCCUUCGCGUCCCAAUUCGGGCGCUGCCACCGUUGCCGAGGAAGAGCCUGAAGAAGAGCACGCUCCGGAGAUGUCUCGUACCGCUGCGAUUGUCAUGUUGCUGAUUAGCACUGCUUUGGUCGCCGUCUGUGCUGACUUUCUGAGCGACGCCAUUGAGCCAAUGGUUGAGACUACGGGCGUAAGCCAAGCAUUUAUUGGACUUAUCAUCCUGCCCAUCGUCGGCAAUGCCGCUGAGCACGUCACCGCCGUCACAGUUGCCGUGAAGAACAAGAUGGACCUCGCCAUUGGCAUAGCUGUCGGCUCGUCUAUCCAGAUUGCCAUCUUUGUCACGCCCUUCAUUGUUCUCCUUGGUUGGAUCAUGGGCAAGAGUAUGUCGCUCUACUUCAACAUCUUCGAAACGGUGGCCUUGUUCGUUACCGCCUUUGUGGUCAACUUCUUGGUGCUUGACGGCAGGAGCAACUACUUGGAAGGAAGCUUGCUCAUCGCGGCGUAUGUGAUCAUCGCGCUAAGCAGCUUCUUCUACCCCGACGGGUGCGACGCCUCACAGAUCGGCGGCAGCGAGAACACCUGCGGGGCUGCCGCCUCUCAGGCUGCAGCUCUCGUGAAGAGGCUCGUGGGAAUGUAG